GGGUCGCGGACGUGCCCCCAUCUGGGUUGGUAACCGGUACACCCAGCCACCAUAUGAAUAAGGUUUCCCGGUCACAGGAUCACCCUUGAGAAGUUUCUCGCAUGCGUCCUCAAGCUCAGGCGUGGGCUCCGGAUGAACCCUUUCAGGGGGCGUUCACGCCAUUCCCGUCGAGCUUGGCUCAAUUUGCCGCUGACCCGACGAAUGCCCAAGCUCUCCAAGGCUAUCAUCAGGUGAUGGCCAUGAUGCAACAGGCGGGGGGCUUCAUGUCGUUUUCCUAUCCUGGCAUGUUCCCGUCGGUCGUAAGUCAUGUACCUCCUCUGGUAUCAACCCCGUCAACAUUCAUCCCAAGGGUGGUCCCUGUGCGCCUGGUGAAUUUGACAGGGGCGAUGGACAAAGCGGCACCUUCUAACGUCCAAGGCAACUCGAAGGAGGCCAAUGAUGCAGAGCAGGAGGAGGCCCGCAGAAGGAAGGGUAAGGGCGUCGGAGUAUACAGGCUCUCAUAUGAUGAGGAUGAUCUGGACAAGACAGAGAGUGUCGCGAGAAAGCGACGCGCCCUAGAGGAGAAAGUGGAAGAGAAGGCGGGGGUGAAAAAACGUACCCUGGCAAAAUCUCCUUUCUCGGCCAGGGUUCAUGCCCAUAGGCUAGGGCGGAAGAUCAAGUUGGAUGUAGAGAAGUUCACCAGAAAAGAGGAUCCGGACAUCCAUCUUGACACCUUCCACAACGCCGCGCAAAUGGUUGGGUGUACGGAUGCAGAAGAGUGCUUACUCUUCUUCUCAUCCCUUAGAGGAAGACCAGUGGAAUGGUUUAAUAACCUUCCCCAUGGCAAAAUCAGGUUUUUUGAGAGACUGGCGGAGAUUUUCCACAAGAAAUACCGGGAGAAUUGCAUCAAGAGGAAGAAGUUCACCUACCUUAACACGGUAGGGAAGAGGGAAAAGGAGUCGUUGACUCAAUUCCUCACCCGAUGGAGGGAUGAGGUAGACAAAGUAGAGGAGAUGGACGACAAAACAGCAAUGUCGCUCCUGAUGAACGCCUUCCGGUCGGGUGACUUUUAUACCGAGUUCUGCACUAGGCCUGCUUCCUCUUACCAGGAAGCAUACAAUAUAACAUGGGAGUAUGCCGAAGCAGAAAACCUGAAUCGGAUCAAAAGAGAACUGAAAGAAGGCUACACAAAAGCCAAAUCAGAGAAGGCAAGGAAGGACGACCAGGCGGGAGGUUCAAGGCCAAAGGUCACUAACGACGGGAUAGUGCACCAAAUACGGGACAAGAAGGGAGAUCAACCAAAUAGGGGCUUGAGGAAGACCCAUAGGCGAGUACUUGAAUCCACCCACAUGAAUAGGAUCAAGGAAAGAAGAGAGGAUGGACAAAAUGUGGUCAAGAUUACUAAGCUUGCUUUAGACGGAUCAGUCUUGAUGUCUAGGACCUGGACCGUUGCAUGGGCUGAUAGCAAAAAAAGAAAAAAAACCCUUGAGAUAGGGGCCUUGAUGUUGAGGUAUCGCCUUGAGACAGGCUGGAUCCGGAAGAGGAUUCACAUCCAUACUUACAUGGAUCCCUACCGACUUUUUGGUCGGGAAGGGUUAGAAAAGAUGCCAAAAGAGAAAAAAAAUAAUAUUACCGUCUUGUAUGAGCCAUCCUUUGUGGAUCGGAAUGUCUAGGGAAGACUAGAAUUUCCGAACACAUAAAAUAUGGACGUGCAGGAUUGGAUGAGGGCUGGUUCUCACCGGCAUACCCCCAUGUGGGAAGAUUAGGUUGGCUUGGUCAACCUAAUAAUUAGAGGAUGGCACAUUAAAAGACUAAAAACCCG